CGCCCUCCCCGCCGCCCGCCCGUGUCUGCGUCCGCCAUGCGUCCCGGGGCGCCGGGGCCACUGUGGCCGCUGCCCUGGGGGGCCCUGGCGUGGGCCGUGGGCUUCGUGGGCUCCGUGGGCUCGGGGGACCCCGCGCCCGGUGGUGUCUGCUGGCUCCAGCAGGGUCGAGAGGCCACGUGCAGCCUGGUGCUGAAGACGGACGUGAGCCAGGCUGAGUGCUGUGCCUCUGGCAACAUCGACACCGCCUGGUCCAACUUCACGCACCCGGGGAACAAGAUCAGCCUCUUGGGCUUCCUGGGCCUCGUCCACUGCCUCCCCUGCAAAGACUCGUGCGAGGGCGUGGAGUGCGGCCCCGGCAAGGCCUGCCGCAUGCUGGGGGGCCGCCCGCGCUGCGAGUGCGCGCCCGACUGCUCGGGGCUCCCGGCACGCCUGCAGGUCUGCGGCUCGGACGGCGCCACCUACCGCGACGAGUGCGAGCUGCGCGCCGCGCGCUGCCGCGGCCACCCGGACCUGCGCGUCAUGUACCGGGGCCGCUGCCGCAAAUCGUGCGCGCACGUGGUGUGCCUGCGGCCGCAGUCCUGCGUGGUAGACCAGACCGGCAGCGCGCACUGCGUGGUGUGUCGCGCGGCGCCCUGCCCCGCGCCCGCCAGCCCCGGCCUGGAGCUCUGUGGCAACAACAACGUCACCUACAUGUCCUCGUGCCACCUCCGCCAGGCCACCUGCUUCCUGGGCCGCUCCAUUGGCGUGCGCCACGCGGGCAGCUGUGCAGGUGCGGCGCGGGGCGGGGGGCGGCGGCGGGGGCUAGCCGCCAGCCCCUCUCCGCGCCCGCAUUUCUCUCGUGGUCCCUCCCGCUCUGCAGGCGCUCCGGGGCCAUCGGAUGCUGAGUCCGAGGAGGAGGAGGAGAACUUUGUGUGAGCCUGCGGGACCGGCCUGGGCCUGGCGUUCAAGGCUUCCCCGUCUUAUUUAUUGCCACAGCAGAGUCUAAUUUAUGUCCCACGGACACGCCCCAGAGCCUGGACCGGGACCAUUUCGGGAGCCCUCGUGCCCCUCGACGAUAUCUUGGAAGGAUUGCGGGAAGGAGGCCUGGGAGCAGGGCUGGUGGGUGGGGCCGCACGCCAGGUACCCUACUGCCCAGGAGGACCCCACGCUUCUGCUCCCUGGGGAGAAUGACUCUGUUAAUUACUGUUCCCAGCGAGAGGGCUGGGAUCCCUGCCAGCAGUUACUGAAGCGGCAUCCUGGCCUUCGGGAACAGGGACGGGGGUGAGAGGGGGUCAACACGCCUAGAACAUGCCCAGGCCCCAGACGGGCCAAGGAAGCAACCACUGUCCCCCACCAGCGCCAGGGUAACGAAGGGGCUUACCUUUCCCCUGCCUCCAGUUCCCCACUGUGUCCUGUGGAGGCCCCUGAGGAAAGCCCAGCUUGUCCCCGGGGGGGACGGGGGUGCCCUCUGUGCCUCCUGACACAGGCCUUGGGCGUGGAGAGGCCACACCCGCCCAGAACAGGGCACCAUGUCCGGCAGUGCCCAGUUCACUUACAGUGAGUGGGUCCCGCCCCCUGCUCACCCACUGGCCCAGGCUGGGAUGUAGACACCAAGACCCACUGCACAUCGGACAUCGUAGAGCCGUGUGUCUGAGGGGCCCCCCCAGUGCCAGCUGCCCUGUCCACAGGUGAGGUCCAGACUCCGGACGCGCGCUCCGCCGCACCCUGCCCUGGCCACGAGGCCCAGCUCGCAGCUGAGCCCUCCUCACCUGCCCGCUGGGUUCCCUCUGUGCACCCCGGCUGUUGCUCUGUGUAACCUCCCCGUGCCUGUGUGUAGCCUGGAGGCUCAGGCCAGGGUGGGGGCCCAGCGGGGCAGGAACCCAGCUCCCCGAGUUCAGCGCGAGGCGUGCAGGGCCGUGGUGCUUGUCGUGUCCUUCCCAGCCUCCAGGAAGUGCCUUACCUGCGCCACCCAGAAAAGUGCCCUUCUGCAGCGGGUUCGCCCCAGCUCCCCGACAAGGCAGCCUCCCCACCCUGAGGUCCUGCCUCGCCUGCCAAAGAAAUAAACACUGAAAAAGCCACUUUGGAGCCCAAGCCUUGGUCUGUCCCCCUCUCUCUGAGCCUCUGAGCCCCACGUUGGUAGGGGGUUACCUGCCUGGGGGCUGUGAUGCUGGCAUGUGGGGGGUUCGGGAAGCAUCCAGGGCAGAGACCCAGGUGCAUGGCCCUGGGACAGCUGCCGCCCGCCUCUGGGCCUCCGUGUCCACCUUCAGGCAGUGAGCAGCAGCUGUAGAACUGAGG